AUGAAAAUAACUCAUCUUUCCAGCAUCUUUGUGCAUUCGGCAGUGUCCGAAUGGCGAAAGUGUUUGAGGCGUAUCAAAAUGCCUGACGCUGUUUUAUCAAUCAUUCAUUACAAAGGACGCGUUUUUGCUGCUCUGGCCAAUGGUUCCAUUGCAAUUUUUCAUCGUAAUACAGGUGGUGGCUGGUCUGAAGCAGGUUAUCACUGCAUGACUGUUGGCCGUGCUACGAGCUCUGUUAGGUCUCUUUCCAUAGUGGGCAAAUAUAUUUGGGCCGCCUAUCGCAACUGCAUCAUCGUUAUCGAUCCCAAUGAUCUCACUGUCAAGAAGGUCUUUGCGGCGCAUCCACGACGAGAUAGUCAAGUGCGACAUAUGCAUUGGAUUGGUGACGGCGUCUGGAUCUCCAUCCGGCUUGAUUCAACUCUUCGUCUUUAUCAUGCUCGCACUUAUGCACACCUUCAGGAUAUCGACAUUGAACCAUAUGUUACAAAAAUGCUGGGUACCAGUAACUUAGAUUACUCAUUCAUGCGCACAACUGCACUGUUGGUUAUUUGUCAGCGCUUGUGGAUUGGCACUGGAACGGGCGUUAUCAUUUCAAUUCCACUUUCAGAAACAAACGGCACACGAGUGGAUGUAAAAGGAACGGCAGAAUCACCAAGUGAAGACAUGCGAGGUCCUGGAGGAUUGAUUAGGGUUUACGGCGAUUCCACAAAUGGAGAAACAUCUUCUAGCAGCUUUAUACCUUAUUGUGAUAUGUCUCGCGCCCAGCUUUCAUUUCAUGGACAUAAAGAUUCGGUGAAAUUUUUCUUGGCUGUUCCUGGUUAG